AUGCGUAUCCUGGUCAACCUGCUGCUGGACACUCUGCCCAUGCUGGGGAACGUGCUGCUGCUCUGCUUCUUCGUCUUCUUCAUCUUCGGCAUCAUCGGCGUGCAGCUCUGGGCCGGGCUGCUGCGCAACCGCUGCUACCCCGCGGAGAACUUCACCCUUACGACGGGCAUCACUCUGCCUAAGCCCUACUACCAUUUGGACGAGGAUGACGAGCGGCCCUUCAUCUGCUCUCUGGCGCAGGACAACGGCAUCAUGUCGUGCCAGGACGUGCCGGCCCGGCGGGAGGGCAACCGCGCCUGCUGCCUGGACAAGGACGACGUCCUGCACCGCAAUCCGCACAAGGGCGCCAUCAACUUUGACAACAUCGGCUACGCCUGGAUCGUCAUCUUCCAGGUCAUUACACUGGAGGGCUGGGUGGAGAUCAUGUACUACGUGAUGGAUGCUCACUCCUUCUACAACUUCAUCUACUUUAUCCUGCUCAUCAUCAUCGGCUCCUUCUUCAUGAUCAACCUGUGCCUGGUGGUCAUCGCCACGCAGUUCUCGGAGACCAAGCAGCGCGAGCACCAGCUGAUGCAGGAGCAGCGCGCCCAGUGCCUGUCGUCCAGCACGCUGGCCUCCAUGGCCGAGCCGGGCGACUGCUACGAGGAGCUCUUCCAGCUGGUGUGCCACAUGCUGCGCAAGCCUGAGCACAUCACCGCAGACAACCCCACUGACCUGGCCCUCACCCCCCACACUGCUACCGCUGAGGCCUGUCCCUAUUGCUCCGUGGCGCUGUCACUCAUCGACGGGGCGGGCCCUGGGGAUGGCUCAGCCAAUGAGGACAAAGAGGCGGCCUCUGCGGUGGAGACGGACGGGAAGGGCAGCCAACCGGACGGCGAGGGGAAGGGUGAGGGGCGGACGUGCAAGGGCCGCUGCCGGGAGGUGUGGGUGGAGGUGCGCAUCAAGCUGUGGGGCAUCGUGGAGAGCAAGUACUUCAACCGGGGGAUCAUGAUCGCCAUCCUCAUCAACACCAUCAGCAUGGGCAUCGAGCACCACGAGCAGCCGGAAGAGCUGACCAACAUCCUGGAGAUCUGCAACAUCGUCUUCACCAGCAUGUUCGCCCUGGAGAUGGUCCUCAAGCUGACGGCCUUCGGCUUCUUCAACUACCUGCGCAACCCCUACAACAUCUUCGACGGCAUCAUUGUCAUCAUCAGCGUGUGUGAGAUCAUCGGGCAGUCGGACGGGGGUCUGUCGGUUCUGCGCACGUUCCGUCUGCUGCGGGUUCUAAAGCUGGUGCGCUUCAUGCCGGCUCUGCGGCGUCAGCUGGUGGUGCUGAUGAAGACCAUGGACAACGUGGCCACCUUCUGCAUGCUCCUCAUGCUCUUCAUCUUCAUCUUCAGUAUUCUGGGGAUGCACAUCUUUGGUUGUAAGUUCAGUUUGAAGACGGAAGCGGGUGACACAGUCCCUGACAGGAAGAACUUUGACUCCUUACUGUGGGCCAUCGUCACAGUCUUUCAGAUCCUGACCCAGGAGGACUGGAACGUGGUGCUGUACAACGGCAUGGCCUCCACCUCCCCCUUGGCUGCACUCUACUUUGUGGCGCUCAUGACCUUUGGGAACUACAUCCUGUUCAACCUGCUCAUCGCCAUCCUGGUGGAGGGCUUCCAGGCAGAGGGGGAUGCAAACCGCUCCUACUCCGAUGACGACAGGUCCUCCUCUAACUUUGACGAGAGCGAGAAGCACAAAGACUCCCUCCAGCUGUCUGACCCCAAAAUCUGCACCCUGACCCCCAACGGGCACCUGGAGAUGGGCCCACUGUCGGUGGCGGCGCGGGGCGUGUUCGCGGCCGAGAGGAUGAGCUUCGCUCUGGGCUCCCGCAAGAGCAGCGUCAUCAGCCUGGGCAAGUCCAGCCUGGAACAGCGCUCCCUCUCCCUGUCCCUCCUGAUGCGGCGCAGCAGCUGGAACAGCCUGGGCCGGCAGGCGCGCGGGGGCAGCCUCCGCGUGCGCGGCUCCUCGUCCGCGCGCCUCUACUCCGCCGGCAGUGCCGAGCACGAGUCCCUCCUGGGGGCCCCCCACCACCACCACCACCACCCGCCGCCGCCUCCGCACCACCCACUCCGCCCGCUCCACCCGGCCCAGCACCACCAGAGCCACCCGGGCCACGGGGGCCACGUGCCUCCUCCGCUGCUCUGGUCCGCGCGCCGCUGCCCGCACCGUCGCGACCGUCGCGCCCUCUCCCUGGAGCUGCCCGAGCUCCUGCAGGUCCCGGCGUGCGGCGGUGGCGGCGGCACACCCCUCGUCCCCCUCGGCCUCCAGCAGCAGACGCAGACGCAGAUCCACCCGCUGCUGGCCCUCAAGAAGAGCUCCUCGGGGGAGAGGGCGGCGGGCGGCGAGCACCAGGACUGCAACGGGAAGGCCCCCGCCGGGCCCCAGGCCCCGCUCCUGGGGGAGGUGUUCCCGCAGGUCAACUGCCGCAAGGACAAGGGCGAGCUGGAGGAGGAUUCGGACUACACGCUGUGUUUCCGUAUCCAGAAGAUGAUCGAGGUGUACCGGCCUGACUGGUGUGAGACGCGCGAGGACUGGUCUGUCUACCUCUUCUCCCCACAGAACAAGUUCCGACUGCUCUGUCAGUCCAUCAUUGCCCACAAGCUCUUUGACUAUGUGGUGCUGGCCUUCAUCUUCCUCAACUGCAUCACUGUGGCCCUAGAGAGGCCCAAGAUCCAUCAGGGCAGCCUGGAAAGGGUCUUCCUCACUGUAUCCAACUACAUCUUCACUGCCAUCUUUGUGGCUGAGAUGACAGUCAAGGUGGUGUCCAAGGGGCUCUACCUCGGCGAGCGGGCCUACCUUCGCAGCAGCUGGAACAUCCUGGACGGUUUCCUGGUCUUCGUGUCGCUCGUGGACAUUGUUGUCUCCAUGGCGGGCGGCGCCAAGAUCCUAGGCGUCCUGCGUGUGCUCCGGCUGCUCAGGACAUUGCGCCCCCUCAGGGUGAUCAGUCGAGCUCCAGGACUUAAGUUGGUGGUGGAGACCCUCAUCACCUCGCUCAAGCCCAUCGGCAACAUCGUGCUCAUCUGCUGUGCCUUCUUCAUCAUCUUCGGCAUCCUCGGGGUCCAGCUUUUUAAAGGAAAGUUCUACUACUGUGUGGGCUUGGACGUGAAGAACAUCACCAAUAAAUCCGACUGCCUGUCUGCCAAUUACAGAUGGGUUCACCACAAGUACAAUUUUGAUAAUCUUGGACAGGCUUUGAUGUCCCUGUUUGUGCUGGCCUCCAAGGAUGGCUGGGUCAACAUCAUGUAUCACGGCCUGGAUGCUGUUGGCAUAGAUCAGCAGCCCAUCAUGAACUACAGCCCGUGGAUGCUGCUGUACUUCAUCUCGUUCCUGCUCAUCGUCAGCUUCUUCGUGCUCAACAUGUUCGUGGGCGUGGUGGUGGAGAACUUCCACAAGUGCCGCCAGCACCAGGAGGUGGAGGAGGCCAAGAGGAGGGAGGAGAAGAGGCUCCGCCGCAUGGAGAGGAAGAGACGGAAGGCUCAGAAGCUGCCCUACUACGCCAGCUACGGUCACAUUCGCCUGAUGAUCCACACCUUCUGCACCAGCCACCACCUAGACCUCUUCAUCACACUCAUCAUCUGCAUCAACGUGGUCACCAUGUCCCUGGAACACUACAGCCAGCCACAGGUGACUGCUCGCGCCUCACUGACUACAGCUCCCACAAUGCACCACUGCUCAGCACCAUUACCACAGUGUCUGUCAUCAGUGACAGGUCUCGAGACGACCCUGAAGUACUGCAAUUACUUCUUCAGCACCACCUUCGUGAUCGAGACGGUGCUCAAGCUGGUGGCCUUUGGGGUCCGCCGCUUCUUCAAGGACAGGUGGAACCAGCUGGACCUGGCCAUCGUGCUGCUGUCUGUGAUGGGCAUCACUCUGGAGGAAAUCGAGAUCAACGCCUCACUGCCCAUAAACCCCACCAUUAUCCGCAUCAUGCGGGUGCUGCGCAUCGCCCGAGUGCUGAAGCUGUUGAAAAUGGCCACGGGAAUGCGAGCUCUGCUAGACACAGUGGUCCAGGCCUUACCACAGGUGGGGAACCUUGGCCUACUCUUCAUGCUGCUGUUCUUCAUCUAUGCUGCUCUGGGAGUUGAGCUGUUUGGGGAGUUGGUGUGUAACGAGGAGUACCAGUGCGAGGGCAUGAGCCGCCACGCCACCUUCGAGAACUUCGGCAUGGCCUUCCUCACGCUGUUCCAGGUCUCCACCGGCGACAACUGGAAUGGCAUCAUGAAGGACACGCUGCGUGAGUGCCCACCAGGGGAGUACAACUGCAACCCCAGCCUGCAGUUCAUCUCGCCCAUGUACUUUGUGAGCUUCGUGCUGACGGCGCAGUUCGUGCUCAUCAACGUGGUGGUGGCCGUGCUCAUGAAGCACCUGGACGACUCCAACAAGGAGGCCAUGGAGGACGCCGAGAUGGACGCAGAGAUCGAGCUGGAGCUCGCCCAGGGCGCCCUCUGCUGCAUGGGAGGCCUCGGCGCGGCCGCCGGCGGUGCUGCCAUUGCCGCAGCGGCAGCCGGAGGACUAGGGGCAAGUUUAGGACCUGGGGGAGACCGUGGAGGAGGAGGAGGUGCCGGGGAGGGGGGGUGCAGGCACCAGGGCGUCACGGCAGCCAGCCCCCACUGCCCGCACGGGGCGUCCAGCCCACGCCGGAUUGGCCACGAUGCCCGCAGUCGCCGCCGACUCCCAUCAGUGCCUGGACACACCGGCCACGAGCAGAGUCCUCCCCGCAGGGAGCCUCUCCACGCCUGGCUUAUCAGGUCUCCACAGGCCCCCGCACACCACACCACACCACACCACACCACCACCCCACCCCACUACCCCACACUCCACCACCCCCACUGGGACACUGAGAACCAGUGGCUGGACAGUGUGUCACUGCUCAUCAAGGACUCCCUGGAGGGAGAGAUGCUGAUGAUUGACAACCUGUCAGGCUCCGUGUUCCACCACUACUCCUCUCCGCCAGUGUGUCGCGACUGCCACCACCACCCGCAAGAGGUAACCAGCCCUGCCGCCACCCACAUCUCAAAACCCCCGCCACCUACACCUCAAAACCCCGCCACCCACAUCUCAAAACCCCCGCCACCCACAUCUCAAAACCCCCGCCACCUACACCUCAAAACCCCCGCCACCUACACCUCAAACCCCCCCCCCCCCCACCCCCCCGCCACCUACACCUCAAAACCCCUGCAACCUACACCUCAAAACCCCUGCCACCUACACCUCAAAACCCCUGCAACCUACACCUCAAAACCCCCGCAACCUACACCUCAAAACCCCCGCCACCUACACCUCAAAACCCCCGCAACCUACACCUCAAAACCCCCGCCACAUGCCCCAUAA